CAAAACUCCCAAGUCAUGGCAAUGAAAUAUUCACGAUCUUUGCUCUUUCGUGUGCUGCUACUCAUUGGCUUUGCAUUGACAAAUAGCAAAGGAACUAAUACGGAUCCACCUGUUCUUUGCGAAUUUCUCAAUCGCAGCAGUUUUGAACCAGGGUUCAUAUUUGGCUCAGGUUCCGCAUCUUACCAGUAUGAAGGUGCAGUAAAAGAAGAUGGAAGAGGACCAAGCAUAUGGGAUACCUACACCCACAAACAUCCAGAAAAAAUCGCUGAUGGCAGUAACGGAGACGUUGCUAUAGAUCAAUAUCACCGCUAUAAGGAAGAUGUGGGCAUUAUGAAGGAUAUGGAGUUGGAUGCUUACAGAUUCUCUAUUUCAUGGUCCAGAUUAUUACCAAAUGGAACGUUAAGUGGUGGCGUUAACAUGAAAGGAAUUGAUUAUUACAACAAUCUCAUCAAUGAACUCCUACGCAAUGGUUUAAAGCCGUUUGUAACACUCUUUCAUUGGGAUGUUCCCCAAGCUUUAGAAGAUGAAUAUGGUGGUUUCUUAAGCCCUCGUAUUGUAGAUCAUUUUAAAGACUAUACAGAACUUUGUUAUAAAGAAUUUGGUGAUCGAGUCAAGCACUGGUUCACUUUAAAUGAGCCACAUACUUUUUGUAAUAUGGGUUAUGCUCUUGGGAGUUACGCACCGGGACGCUGCUCUUCUUGGCAAAACCUAAACUGCACCGGUGGAGAUUCAUCCAUUGAACCAUACUUGGUGGCACACCACCUUCUUCUUGCUCAUGGAGCAGCUGUAGAAUUGUACAAGAACAGAUAUCAGGCAUCUCAGAAAGGCUUGAUAGGAAUAACGUUGGUGUCCCAUUGGUUUGAGGCUGCUUCGGAGUCAAAGCAAGACAAAGAUGCUGCCUUACGAUCUUUGGAUUUUAUGUUUGGAUGGUUUUUGGACCCAUUAACAACUGGUGACUAUCCACACACCAUGCGAUCAAUUGUUGGAAAAAGAUUGCCAAAAUUCACAAAAGAACAAUCCAAGUUGCUAAACGGAUCGCUUGAUUUUCUUGGAAUAAAUUAUUAUACUGCUAGAUACGCAACUAGUACACCUAAGAACAAUUCACAACCGGCAAGCUAUGUAACAGAUCCUCAAGCUGAUCUUACGACUGAGCUUAAUGGAGUACUUAUUGGUCCACAGGCUGCUUCAGAUUGGUUAUAUGUAUAUCCAAAAGGAAUUCACGAUCUUGUGCUCUACACAAAGGAAAAAUAUAAUGAUCCACUCAUUUAUAUUACUGAGAAUGGUGUAUCAGAGUUGAAUAAUCCAAAACUAUCACUUAACGAGGCUCUUCAUGAUACCAGUAGAAUUGACUACCAUUACCGUCACCUGUGUUACCUUCAAGCGGCGAUCAAGUAA